GAGGGCUAUUUAAAGCGGCACUCAGGCCCGGAGCCGCAGUUCCGAGUCUCCGCACGCCUUUCCUCUGGCCGCUCCUUAGUCCAGUCCAGACUCACCAUGGUGGACGCCUUCGUCGGGACCUGGAAGCUGGUGGACAGCAAGAAUUUCGAUGACUACAUGAAAUCACUCGGUGUGGGCUUUGCCACCAGGCAGGUGGCUAGCAUGACCAAGCCUACCACAAUCAUCGAGAAGAACGGGGAUACUAUCGUCAUAAAAACACACAGCACCUUCAAGAACACAGAGAUCAGCUUUCAUCUGGGGGUGGAGUUUGAUGAGACGACAGCAGAUGACAGGAAGGUCAAGUCCCUUGUGACACUGGAUGGAGGAAAACUUGUUCAUGUGCAGAAGUGGGAUGGGCAGGAGACAACACUUACACGGGAGCUGAGCGAUGGCAAACUCAUCCUGACACUCACCCAUGGCAAUGUGGUGAGCACUCGAAUUUAUGAAAAAGAGGCGUGACCUGGCUGUACCAUCACUGACUGCUCCUGCCGGCUGGCUACCCCUCAACUCAGCACCAUGUUGCCUCAUUUUUUUUUUCCUUCUCUGGCGUUUUGUAUAAAUACACUUUGGUUGGGGAAUUUUUCUGAAGUCAAGUGGCAUCAACCUGGAUCCAGUUCCAGUUCUCAUUGUGUAUGUGGUUUGUUUUUUUUAAAAACUGUGUCGAAGGGUGCUCUGAGGUCAAUAAAGCAGAGCAAAGGUCA